AUGUUGAUGUUUUCAGAGACGACAACAAGCGAUGAGAAUGAACUUCACGCAAAACCCCUCAACUUCAACCAACAUCCUGACAAACUUUGCAAUGAUAGAUGUGCAAAAAAAACUAUUCCCCGAGGCAAAACUAAACACUAUCAAGUGUUUUGGUCUGACCACCUUGAAGAAUUAAAACGAAAGUUGGACGCUCUUCACAACACUGCUGAUCAGACUGGAAGGGCGGAAGACUUACAAGCCUGGAGACGACAAUCAGCUGUCCUAAGACAAGCCAUCAAUGAAUCUUAA